CCGGGGCUUCCCGGGAGGCGGGAGCAGGCGGCGCUGACGUGGGCGGCGCCGCCCCGGCCCCGGCCCCGGCCCGGGCCCCUUGGGCAUCGCAUGAGGCGGCGGCGGGGCGAUGGGCGGCGGGCGGGCGUGUGUGGCGCUGGCGCUGCUGGCGCUGCUGGCGGCGCUGGGCCCGGGGCGGCCGCACCCGCAGUGCCUGGACUUCAGGCCGCCGUUCCGGCCGGCGCGGCCGCUGGCGCUGUGCGCGCCCUACUCCGCCUUCGGCUGCUGCGACGCGGAGCGCGACCGCGCGCUGCUGCAGCGCUUCUACCACCUCAGCGCCCGCCUCGACCAGCCCGCCUACGCCGCCUGCGCCGGACACCUGCAGGACCUGCUCUGCCAGGAAUGCUCCCCCUAUGCUGCUCACUUAUAUGAUGCUGAGGAUCCUUCCACUCCUAUGAGGACAAUAGCAGGACUCUGUCAAGACUAUUGUGUGGAGGUGUGGCAAAAAUGCAGGUCCAUGUUUCGUUACCUCUCUACAGAUAAACAGCUAGCAGCACUGGAAAACAACACGGCAAAAUUUUGCCACUAUUUGUCCCUCGACGAUGUAGACUACUGUUUCCCCCGCCUGUUAACAAAUGCAAAUCUCAAUCAUAACCUUGGGUUAGUGACAGCUGACUCAGAGGGCUGUCUCCAGUUGUGCUUAAUGGAGGUGGCUAAUGGUCUGCGGAAUCCUGUUGCUAUGGUGCACGCUAAUGAUGGCACUCACAGAUUCUUCAUUGCUGAACAAGUUGGCUUAGUUUGGACCUACCUUCCUGAUCGGUCAAGGCUUGAAAAGCCAUUUCUAAACAUCAGUGAAGCUGUACUUACAUCGCCUUGGGAAGGAGAUGAGAGAGGUUUUCUAGGUAUUGUCUUCCAUCCCAAAUUCAAAUUUAACGGUAAAGUGUAUGUCUACUAUUCAAUAGAAGUUGAAGAGGAAGAGAGAAUCCGGAUCAGCGAGUUCAGAAUUUCUUCUGAUGACAUGAAUACUUUGGACCAUGGUUCUGAAAGGAUAAUUCUGGAGGUAGAAGAGCCAGCUUCUAAUCACAAUGGAGGAGAGCUACUCUUUGGAGACGAUGGCUAUCUUUACAUAUUUACUGGGGAUGGAGGAAUGGCUGGUGAUCCUUUUGGGACAUUUGGAAAUGCUCAAAACAAAUCAGCAUUGUUAGGCAAAGUGCUCCGGAUCAACGUGGACAAUAAUGACCGUGGGCCUCUCUACAGAAUUCCUCCAGACAACCCAUUUGUUAAUGAUCCAACAGCUCGUCCUGAAGUUUAUGCCUACGGGGUGAGGAAUAUGUGGCGCUGUUCUUUUGAUAGGGGUGAACCCUAUACAAAGGAAGGGAAAGGGCGACUUUUCUGUGGAGAUGUAGGACAGAAUAAAUUUGAAGAAAUCGACAUCGUAGAGAAAGGAAAAAACUAUGGCUGGAGGGCAAGGGAAGGAUUCAGCUGCUAUGAUAAAAAACUUUGCACCAAUUCCUCAAUAGAUGAUGUGCUUCCAAUUUAUGCUUAUCCACACAAAAUGGGGAAAUCUGUUACAGGAGGCUAUGUCUAUCGGGGUUGUGAGUCUCCAAACUUGAAUGGGCUGUACAUAUUUGGUGAUUUUAUGAGUGGACGUUUGAUGUCCCUGAAAGAGAACCGUGCUACUAGAGAAUGGCAAUACAAUGAAAUUUGCAUGGGAACAGGGCAAACUUGCAUGUUCCCUGGUCUUAUCAAUAACUACUAUCAAUAUAUCAUCUCUUUUGCAGAAGAUGAGGCAGGAGAACUUUACUUCAUGUCUACUGGGAUUCCAAGUGCCACUGCUCCCAAUGGAGUAGUUUACAAGAUAGUAGACACGUCUCGGAGAGCGCCACCAAGAAAAUGCCGGGUUGAGCCUUUGCCAGUGAAAGUAAAAAGCAGGCUUGUACAGUUUGUGCCAAAAGAGAAACUUAUUAUAAAAACACCAACCCAACCCCCCAGACUAAGACCCACCACCAAAGCUCCAGGGAGGGGUCGGCCAAUACCCGAAGCCCCCCGUGCCACUACUCCAGACUGGAUCGAACAACUCUUGGACCUUCUUAGAAAUCAAAAUAGAUUGCAGACUACCACCAGAACGCCAACAACCAAGCCCCCAAAGCCCAGGAAAGGAGGAAAGAGUGGGGAAAGAAGAAGGCGGAGAAAGAAAAAACCCAGUGUUCCUCCACAACCCCAGAAUGGUGCAGUGCGACUGAUGAACAGGCAAGCAAGAGGAAGAGACCGGGGAAGGGUGGAAAUUUACAUCAAUGGAGAGUGGGGCACAGUAUGUGAUGACUUGUGGAACUCCCAUGCAGCGGCUGUGGUGUGUCGUCAGUUAGGGUUCCCCUAUGUUGUGAGGGCCACCAAGAAAGCAGAGUUUGGGGAAGGGGAUUCACUUAAUAUUCUUCUUGAUGAUGUUCAGUGUUCGGGACAGGAGCAGAACCUGCUUGAGUGCGUACAUGCAGACAUUGGCAAACACAACUGCAGCCAUAAAGAAGAUGCAGGUGUGAUAUGCAGUCACGAAGAUGUUACAGACACUGAAAAUUAGUAACAGCACGUCAGGAAAUGCAGAAAUGGACUGUGAGCUCAUCUUUCUUCCUUGCCUCCCCCCUUGCCCUUUUUAAACAGUGGAUGCAUUUACAAGGUUGUAUUUAACUGUGAGGAUGCUACAUCUGGUCUAUGUAACUCAUAGUUUUUUGUUCCUUUACAUUCCAUAAUGUGUGUAUUGGAGGGAAGAGAAGGUGCAAUGAAUUAUCAUUCGAGUAUAUAUGUGGCAAGGGAUUGGAUUACAGGUAGAAGAAAAAAUAUCCUCAGGUAAGAGAUUAUGGAAUAAAAAGAGGUGCUCCUUUGUCAUGUCAGAUUGAAUGAAGCACUGCAUAUCUUUAGGCAUGUCUAGCAGUAUUCUACCAAAAUCAUUCUCAAAUGGCUCAUUCCCCUUUUGCUUAUGUCACUAUUCACAUUGCCUGCUUAACUGUUCUGUCACCUGUAGUUUCAUAGUUUCACAGAUGUUAGGGACUGGAAGGGACCUUACAGAUCAUCAGGUCCAGCCCCCCUGCACUUGGGCAGUAAAGACUGCUGGGAUCAGAUGACCCCAGCAAAAUGGGCGUCAAGACGCUUUUUGAAAAUGGCCAGGGUGGAUGACUACCACUUCUGGGGGGAGCUUGUUCCAAACCCUUGGCACUUGACUUGUAAAGAAGUUUUUCCUUAUGUAUAGCCUGAAGUGAUCCUCAAUCAGCUUGUACCCAUUAUUUCUUGUCCUCCCCUGGGGGGCAUUGGUGAAUAAAUGCUCCUCCAUGCCCUGAUGUAUUUAUAGGCUGCCACCAAGUCCCCUCUGAGUCUUCUCUUUUCCAAGCCGAACAGUCCCAAGUCUUUCAGCCUCUCCUCAUACGACCUGGUCUCUAGGCCUCUAAUCGUGUGCAUGGCCCUCCUUUGGGUUCUCUCAAGCUUCUCCACAUCCUUCCUGAAGUGCAGCCCCCAGAACUGGAUGCAGUACUCCAGCUGCAGUCUCACCAAGGCUGAGUAGAGAGGGAAAAUGACAUACUUAGUCUUGUUUGAGAUGCAUCAGCAGAUGCAUGCCAGUGUUUGAUUAGCUCUGCCAGCUACAGCAUUACAUUGGUAGCUCAUGUGCAUUUUGUUGUCUAUCAUGACACCCAGGUCUCAUUCAGAUGUGGUGCUAGCAAGUGUAGCACUGCUGAGCCUGUAAGUGUGUUGUGGAUUAUUUCUCCCCAGAUGGAGCACUUGCUAUUUCUCCAUAUUAAAUGACAUCUAGUUGAGGUCCACCCACCUUGUGAGCCUGUCCAGGUCACCCUGUAUUGCCAGCCUGUCGUCGAGUGUGACCAGUUCAGUUGUAGAAACAACUGAACUAUGAUCUUUAAGCACAUACAAGUUAGAUAUAACAAAGAGGAGUCCGGAGUAAUUUUUUGUAUUACCUCUCUAUCCAGUGGUUUAAAAAAGCAUGAAGUCAGGAGACCUGGCUCUUCUCUCACACUGGUUUUACUGUGGUGCAAGUACAUUGAUUAAAUUGGAUUAUUACUCCUGAAUAUGCCUGCAUUAAUGAAAAACGAGCCCUCUCCAUAUUCUGGAUAGUGCCUGGAAGAAUUAUUUGUUAUACUCUACAACUUAAUUGAAAUUUAUCUUUGGAGCAUCAGAUUUUCACCAUCUUAUGCCAGUGCGUGUGCAUUGAUUUCAUGGGAGAUACUUCCAUUUACAUGACAGUAAGUGAACCAGAUUCUUUUGGCUUCAGUCCUCUUUGCUAUAGAGGCAUUUGUAUCUGAUUCUCCAUUUGUUGGGCCUUGCUUAGCCAUGGCAUCUCUGCAAUACAGCUGGAAAGCGCUACCAGAAAAGAAAUAUGUAUAGCAUGUUGCACCCAUUUCAUGUAAAUGUCUAUACAGGGUAAAAAAGAGUGGGACCUAUAGCCUGUAGUAGUAUUAUUUCUGGUAGUAUUAUUCUCAAAAGGACACCAUAAAUUUACCCGGGCAGGGGUGGGGCAGGCAAUGAGCAGAAAGAAGGCCUCUGUUUGUUUUUGCUUUUUAUAGGUAUGUCUUAAACUAACCCUAACCAUUUGAUUGGAGACACAUUUUUCUCAUUUGUGUCCUUUGUGCAUUUAACAGCAUCUUGUGGACAAUCAUUUUUACUUGGAGUCAGGGUUGUUUCCUCUGUUUAUUGUUCUUUCCAGCGAUAUAGAUAAAAGGAAAACAUGUUUGUAAAAAUCAGAAAAUCAACUAUGGUCAAAAGAAGGGUUGAGACUCUGCAAUUACUUGGCUCUAUUUUUUUUUUAAUGUCCCAGAUUACAAGUUGAUAGUGUCUUUUUAACACAGAUGAUAAAUAAAUGUGUUUGAAAUGA